GCGAUCGUCCCCCCUCGAUGAAGAGGCUACCAACGUGUGCAGCCUCUGGAUCGGCAACGAGAAACGCGUAUAUAAAAGCUAGUGACUCUUCGGCAUUGAUUUACUUGCUACUGGUUUCGAUUACUCGGCGUUCGAUUACGUUCGAUCGAUUCUAAUCCUGGACAAAUUGGUGUUUUGCAUCCUUUAGGAUGGGUUUUAUGAGGAACAUCGUGGUCAUUCUGUUACUCUUUGCCGCAACGUCAUCGAGCUUUCCAGCCCGGGACAGAAAGCAUCACAGAGCUGUUUACACUAAAGUGCAAAAGCCUUUGUAUGGAGAACGAAGACUUCAACAACCAGCAGAAAAGAGAACGAACAGUACAAUACAGAAAAACAUUAGAGGCUCCGUGAAAUUUGUUGGAAAGCGAGACGAUAAAUAUAACGGGCCACUGGAGGGAACCCAAUACGACGUCGGACACCUAGAAGGCGAAAGCUUAAAAGCGGAACACCUAGCCGAAGUUAGAGGCUUCCACGGAGGAGAGUCCUUUGUUUCAGAGCACGAGAGCGUAUCGGUUGACAUCCCGCACGAUGGACAAGUCCAAGGACACCAGAUACAUGAGGACAUGCACAAGCUGGUGACAGUGGUGAAGAAAGUAGCGAUACCAUAUCCAGUCGUGAAGAACGUCCCCUACCCGGUUGUGAAGAACAUCCCCUAUCCCGUCAAAGUACCAGUACCUCAACCAUUCCCAAUUGAAAAGAAGGUACCCUACCCAGUGAAAGUCUUCGUUAGGGUACCCAUUAAGAUUCCUAAACCGGUGGCUGUGAUCAAGGAAAUACCCUAUCCAGUUCAGGUACCCGUAGAUCGUCCAGUGCCAGUGAAGAUCUACGUGCCAGAGCCCUACCCAGUCGAAAAGAAGGUUCAUUACGAAGUAAAGAUACCCGUACCCGAACCAUUCCCCAUCGAACGCAGGAUACCAGUACCCGUUAAGAUACCCGUACACGUGUCCCAGCCGUACCCGGUGGAGAAAAUAGUCCACUAUCCUCUAAAGAUUGAAGUAGAGCAACCGGUGCCAGUACCAGUACCUAAACCUUACCCAGUGCCUGUGUCUAAACCCGUGCCCUACCCGGUUGACAAGCCUGUACCCGUACCCAUUAGGGUCGAAGUACCUAGACCAGUACCUGUACCAGUAGAUAAGCCAGUUCCAGUUAAGGUGAAGGUACCUGUACCCGCUCCGUAUCCCGUUGAGAAAGAGGUACCGUACUCUGUAGAAAGACCAGUACCUAUUCCGGUGAGAAUACCCGUUGACAGGCCGGUACCUGUGCACGUGACUAGACCCGUCGCUUAUCCCGUUGAGAAACCAGUCCCUUAUCCCAUCAAGGUACCCGUCCCUGUUCCAGGUCACGACGAAGGGGUUGGAAUCAUCGAAUCCCCGGCGAUCGAGUAUCACGAAUGGGCACGGUGAAACGGUUGCACCGACUGUCAUAGGGAAAUAUGUAAUUCAUUUUUAAUGAUACUUGGAUUGACGACGGAAGCUUCGCAGCUUCGAGAAUUGCGUUAGGAGUUAGCAUCGUUCGGAAAUGUAUUUCGACUGAGAUCGUUGUGACUGUUAAUGUUGUUUACGACGAUCUUUGAUUGUUCCGUUAGGGGUCUUGAAUAUUUGUUACAUUUUUUAUCUUAAAUUCGACGAGAUUGAGAAAAUGUAUCGAGAUUCUUAUGUUGUUUAAAAUAUUUUAGUAGCUUCACUAAUGUAAAUUUUCUUUGAUUCCAAAUGUUAACAGUUAGAGUUUAUGAAAAAUUUAUGUGUGCACGAAGAUCCGGGAGCAAAUAAUAAUGUAAGGUACAAAAUACUUUUAAUAAUUGUGUCAAAGGUUGAUGAGCGGAACGAAUA